CUGUAUUAGAUAACCAAUCACAUUUCCACCAAAGCUAAAAAAAAUUAGAGUCAGGCGAGCUUCCGCCUUGGCGGCGAUUCAACUCCAGUAUAAGUACCGUCCACAAUGGAUGCGGUAUUCUUCAGCAUAACCCGUUUAUAAUGGUCGAUAUUGAUAACCUUUUGGCUGAACUCACUUUGGAAGAGAAGGUCUCCCUCCUUGCUGGUGCUGAUACCUGGCGUACAGCUGCCAUUCCACGCCUGAACAUUCCUUCCGUGAAGGUGUCAGACGGCCCCAAUGGAGCUAGAGGCGGUGAGUUUAGUGAUGGCAAGUCAGCUGCUUGUUUCCCUGCUGGUGUCGCAUUGGGUGCUACUUUCGAUCCUGAAGUUGUUCAAAAGGUCGGCGCCGCCCUUGGCGAUGAUCUCAAGUCAAAAUCUGCUCAAGUCCUUUUGGGUAAGUCGACCCACGUUCCUUUCAGAACGUGAAUUAGAGAUUUGUUACUCAUACAUUGUACUUGCAGCUCCUACAAUUAACUUGCACAGAACCCCUAUUGGAGGACGUAACUUCGAGUGCUAUUCCGAGGAUCCUUACUUGACUGGUUCUUUGGCUUCUGCUUACAUCAAGGGUGUUCAAAGCGAGGGUGUCUUUGCUACGGCCAAGCACUUUGCUGUUAACGAUACAGAGUUCGAGCGCUUUACCAUCAGCUCUGAUCUUGAUGAAAGAACCCUUCGCGAAUUGUAUCUCGCUCCUUUCCAACAGGCAGUUCGUGAGGCUAACCCCGGCUGUAUCAUGACUUCCUAUAACCAGAUUAACGGUGUUAUGGCCAGUGAAAACUCUCAUACUAUCAAGGAGAUCUUGAGAGGAGAAUGGGAAUAUGACGGCCUUGUCAUGUCCGACUGGUUCGGAGCCCACUCUGUUGCCGGAACUGCCAAUGCCGGUUUGGAUUUAGAAAUGCCCGGACCCACCAGAAUCCGUGGUGAAAAGCUUGUCGCUGCUGUUAAGGCAGGCGAAGUUACAGAAGAGACCAUCAAUGAACGUGCCCGUAAGGUUUUGGAAUUGGCUGUUAAGGCCGGAAAGUUUGAGGAUCCGGAAGAGAAGCCUGAAGAAGGCAUUGACAAGGAAGAACAUAGACAGAUCAUCCGAGAAGCUGGCGCUGAGUCUAUUGUUUUGCUCAAGAACGAGAACAACGUUCUUCCUUUGGAUGCCAGCAAGCUGAAGAAGAUCGCCAUCAUUGGACCCAACGCUCAGCAAGCUAUUGUUAUGGGCGGUGGAAGUGCAAGUGUCAGAACUCACUACACGAUCUCUCCCUUCGAGGGUAUUAAGAACGCUGUCUCUACUGAGGUUGAACUUGCUCACGCCCUUGGAUGCUACACUCACAAGUGGUGCACCGUUUUGGACGGCAAAAUGAAGACCAAGGAUGGUGAAAACGGUGUCGCUUUUGAAUACUUCGUCGGUUCUGGAUUUAGCGAAUUCCACUCCAGAUUUGUCCAACGUUCAUCUAGAAUUUGGUUGUUUGACGGUCUGCCAGAAGGCAUUGACGGCAAGCAUUUCUCUGCACGCCUGACCACUCUUUAUACUCCUGAGACUACUGGAAACCACAUCAUUGGAUUAGCCUCUUCCGGUCUCAGCAAAAUCUUCAUUAAUGGAGAAGAAGUCAUUGACAACUGGACUUCUCAAGAUAAGCCUGGUAUUUUCUUCGAUUCUGGUUCAGCUGAGAGAACCGCUACCUUCCAGAUGCAAGCUGGUGAGGCUGUUGAAAUCGUCAUUGAGUUUGAGCGUUCCACUCAUCCCCGUGACCUUCCUGCUAUUCGCUUCGGUAUUGUCGAGGAAAUGAACCCCAACAUCAUUGAAGAUGCUGUUGAACUUGCCAAGACCGCUGAUGCCGUCAUCAUCGUCGCUGGUUUGAACGGUGAAUGGGAAACUGAAGGAGAAGACAGAGCUACUAUGCAAUUGGCUGGCAAGCAAGAUGAGCUUAUCUCUGCUGUCGCAAAGGCUAACAAGAACCUUGUCCUUGUCAACCAAUCCGGCACUCCCAUCAACAUGCCAUGGGUUGAUGAUGUUCCUAGCAUCCUUCAAGCCUGGUACUUGGGUCAGGAAGCUGGUAACGCCAUCGCCGAUGUUUUGUUCGGUAAGGUCAACCCCUCCGGCAAGCUUCCUACAACUUUCCCCAUCAGAAUUGAAGAUACCCCCGCAUUCAUCAACUAUCCUGGUGACAAUGGACAUGUCCACUAUGGUGAAGGUCUCUACAUUGGCUAUAAAUAUUAUGAUGUCAGAAAGGCACCCGUCCUCUUCCCCUUCGGACACGGUCUCUCAUACUCUACCUUUGAAUACAAGAAUGUUCGUGUCAACCAGCCCACUCUCGAAGCUGAUGGCACUAUCACCGUAUCUGUUGAUGUUACCAACACUAGCCAAGUCGAUGGCAAGGAAGUCGUUCAAGUGUACGUGCACGACAAGGUCUCUUCCCUCCAUAGACCUUUGAAGGAGCUCCGAAGCUUCAAGAAGGUCAAUGUCCCUGCUGGUCAGACUGUCACCGUUGACCUUGUCCUUGACAAGUAUGCUCUUGGUUUCUAUGAUGACCAACAGAACACUUGGGUUGCCGAGCAAGGUGCAUUCGAAGCCCUUGUUGGCUCUUCUGUCACUGACAUUAGAGGAAAGGUUGAAUUCGAGCUUACUAACACUGCCAAGUGGGUCAAAUAAGUGAAUGUCGC